AUGAACGGCGGUGCUGGUGGUGCAAUUGGCCGUCGGACAAACAGCCUGAAAACGACGGGCAGCCCUCAAAAGAAGUUGACGCCGCCGCCGCAACUACGCGAGAGGAAUCUUCUCAAGUCUGGCUCAGUCUCCGUCUCCAGUUCUCUCUCUUCCGUCACUGGCUCUGUCACGCGCGAACGCGACCUGGAAGGACACCUUGGACACCUUGGAGCUCAUCCCUACCACCGCCAAUCAUCCACUUCAACAUCCCAGCAGCAGCAACAGCCACAACACCAACACCACACGUCAACUUCCACGACAACACAACAAAUCAGGGUGCAUUUACGAGGAGGAGGAGGAAGCGCCGGCCAACAUCACCAGCAGUACCAACCCGUCCAGCCAUAUCAAUACCAGGUCCCCGGACAAAGAGGAGGACCACCACCAGCUCCAACAUCGGGAGCAGCAUCUCGAAGUCGAGACACCAUUGCCAACUACAACAGGCUCCGCCGCGAGACCCAGCACAGCUCCACGAGCACAUUGCACCACCAAAACUACUGGCCCGACAACUUUCGCAACCCGCGCGGCGGACUCGGCAUCGAGCACAACAACAACAACAACAACACCACCACCACGAGAUCGAAUUCGACAGCGACGAACCCGAGAAACGACACCCAGCCUCGAACUGCUGGCAUCCAGAAACUUGCCCUCGAAGAGAGUGGUGUUGCUGAAGAGUGA